AUGCCCGCCCCAGAGCCCCUGCUUGCCGCAUUCAUUGCAAAAUGGAGUGGGCUCGUUGCUCGUACCACCGUCGACAAUUGGAUUGCUGGUCUCUCAUUCUGGCAUGCCCUACAUGGUGCUGAGUGGCACGGUGCCAAGAUGCUCCGCAUCACCUGUUCGGCGAUCUCGAAGGCGGCUCCCGCAGCGAAGCCGAAGCGCUCGCCAGUCACAAUUGAGCACCUCUAUGCCCUUCGUGCCCACCUUGACCUCUCAAACUCCUUUGACGCUGCCGUUUAUGCUACUGCGUGUGUGGCGUUCUGGUGCUGUCGCCGCCUCGGGGAACUUGUAAUACCUUCCGUGGGUACCUUUGAUCCCAUCAAACAUGCCAUCAAGUCAUCCACAGUCCGUUUUUGCAUGGCCCCCGGCGGUGCUGCCUACGCCUCGUUCCACAUCCCGUGGACCAAGACCACUAAGCAGCUUGGUGCUGACAUCAUCGCUACCGAACUCGGCGACCCCUCAUCUGCCGUCGUCGCACUACGCCAUCAUCUACAGGCCAAUGCUGGUGUGCCUCCUAGCGCACCGUUCUUUGCCUUCGAAACUGCCGAUGCAUCUGGCUGGGCCCCCAUGACCCGUGACUGGUUCCUAGGUCGCUGCAAUACUGUCUGGGAGAGCGCGGGUUUCGAGCAGCUGACCGGGCACUGCUUCCGCAUUGGCGGCGCCACUGAGCUUCUACUUCGUGGCACACACCCGGACGUUGUUGCAACGCAGGGCGGUUGGAAGUCGCGAGCCUUUCUCGAGUAUUGGCGCAAAAUUGAGUCCAUUCUUCCUCUUUUUAUUUCCAAGUCUUUCGAUCAAUCUCGCCUGCAGCUCGCUAGCAAUGCAAUGGACUCCUUCCGCAAGAAAUACCACCUGUAG